CCUUCCUCCUCCCCCACCCCCUUCAGCCCAGAACCAAACCAAACUGAAACCCGGACCCCGAUCCGCCUCCCCCGCCCCGCCCGUCCCUCCCCGCGAGCUCUCGACCAUGGGCAUUUCUGUUUUCACCUUAUAAAGAUGGCGGUGCGGGAUCACUGCAACCUUUAGACUAAUGACUGUCCGAAACAUCGCCUCCAUCUGUAAUAUGGAUGCCAGCUUGCCCAUGGAGUAAGGCAGUCAUUCUCAACCUACUAGAUGCUGUUCACCUCCAGCAUUAGGAACUUCUUCUGGGUGUGCAACUCUAUUUGUUUACUCUCCAGUUCCUAUCAGGAUUCAUUCAGCCUUCCUAGGGUGUCUAGGAUACUGCUGGGAACCAUUGCACCAAUUCUUUUAAUAUCUUUUAUUUAUUAAUCGCCUUAUUUUGAAGCUCUAUGGAACUGGUAAAACAGGCUUCUAGAUGGAAUCUGAGGAGGCUUGAAUGAGAGUAGCCAAAUUAAAAGUGAAACUUCAUUUGGAAGCCCCUGAGGGCACCAAUGCCUCUGCUCUGGAAAAAGACAUUGGUCCAGAGCAGUUUCCAAUCAAUGAACACUACUUUGGAUUGGUCAAUUUUGGGAACACAUGCUACUGUAACUCCGUGCUGCAAGCAUUGUACUUCUGUCGGCCAUUUCGAGAAAAUGUAUUGGCAUACAAGGCCCAGCAAAAAAAGAAGGAAAAUCUGUUGACUUGCCUGGCAGACCUUUUUCACAGCAUUGCUACUCAGAAGAAAAAAGUUGGCGUGAUUCCACCAAAGAAGUUCAUUUCAAGGUUAAGAAAGGAGAAUGAUCUCUUUGACAACUACAUGCAGCAGGAUGCCCAUGAGUUUUUAAAUUAUUUGCUAAACACUAUUGCAGACAUCCUGCAGGAGGAGAAAAAGCAGGAAAAACAAAAUGGGAAGUUAAAAAAUGGUAACAUGAAUGAACCUGUGGAGAACAAUAAACCAGAACUCACCUGGGUACAUGAAAUCUUUCAGGGAACGCUGACCAAUGAAACUCGAUGCUUGAACUGUGAAACUGUUAGUAGCAAAGAUGAAGAUUUUCUUGACCUUUCUGUUGAUGUGGAACAGAACACAUCAAUCACACACUGUCUAAGAGACUUCAGUAACACUGAGACACUGUGUAGUGAACAGAAAUACUACUGUGAAACUUGCUGCAGUAAACAGGAGGCCCAGAAAAGGAUGAGAGUAAAAAAGCUUCCAAUGAUCCUGGCAUUACAUCUUAAGAGGUUCAAAUAUAUGGAACAACUCCACAGAUAUACCAAGCUCUCGUACCGUGUGGUCUUCCCACUGGAGCUACGUCUGUUCAAUACAUCCAGUGAUGCUGUGAAUCUGGACCGCAUGUAUGACUUGGUGGCUGUAGUAGUCCACUGUGGCAGUGGACCUAAUCGCGGGCAUUAUAUUACUAUCGUGAAGAGUCAUGGCUUCUGGCUCUUAUUUGAUGAUGACAUUGUAGAGAAAAUAGAUGCUCAAGCUAUUGAAGAAUUCUAUGGGCUGACAUCAGAUAUAUCAAAAAAUUCUGAGUCUGGAUAUAUUUUAUUCUAUCAAUCAAGAGAAUGACUUGAAGAACUGUAGAACUGCUUUAAGUGGGAAAAUGGAAUCGAGCCCACUAUGACCUGGCUUCUCCGCAGAUCAAUCACCUUCCUUCUUAAUGGCCCACCAGUGACAUACCCUGAGCCUAAAUAGUCUAACCAUGUUAGGCUGUUGUCCCCUUCCUCCUCCUUCCCCUGCCCCCUGCCCCUGCCAUUUUGAUAUGCAGCACUUUUGGUUUUAUUUCAGUCAGAGGUAGAAUUAAAUGUUAUCCAAUUGUAGUAAGAUUUACAUGAAUAACAUUUACAGAUUUUUAGGAUUGAGUAUACACUAUGCCAUCUGCUGCCUCCCAGUGAACUAGAGUAAUGUUUUCUACAAAUGACCAUGUUCUCUUUUGGGGCUUUUUACUGAACUUUGUAAAUGGCUUCAGGGGUCAACUUACAAUGCAUUCCUCUUAAUUGUGUAACUCAGAGGCUCUAUUGCUCUCCAUUUUUAGCUCAUAAGCCAAGUUUUCUAUAGGUUAGGCUUAAAGAAUUGGAUAGAUUUCAUGCCCUUCCAGGGCUGAAACUCUAGCUUUAAGUUGAAAAACUUUUAGAAGUGAGUAACCUCAAUACUAAAAAUAGCCUCAAAGUAGGGGAGUGGGAUAUAGAGCUUAUUAUGGUAAAGUUAGGGUUAGCCCUUUAGGCUUUGGAACCAGCCAUUAAAAGUUCAAGGGCCCAAAAAGGUAUGGCAUUAAGGGUAAGUGAAAGAGGAAGAAACAGGAGAGAAGUUUCUGGACAAUGCUAAGGUCUUUAUCUUAAAUAUACUUAAUGAAGUUUCAGUACCACCAAAAUUUUCUCUUAUCAGGCCCUGUGGGUAGUAUCUGGCCCUACUAAUCUUCAGGGUAACUUUUCAGCUGAUCCUUCAAUACUUCCUACAGUAGUGGGAAUUUAAAAAAACAAAACAAAACCUGGCCCCGUUUCCCCAAAUCAUUUAGUACCUGCAUCAUCCUUAUGUCAUGGGACUAAACAGGGAAUGACAUUUUUACAGCUAUCAAGUCACAUGAUGUGACUGUUAGUAAUUUUUAUUUUUCACUUAGUUUACUGAAGCCCUGGCAAAUGUCAAGGCUAAUAAAAAACUGUUCCCUAGGGGGAAUACUGGAAAUAUCUAAGUAGGAAGGAGGCAAAGUCCAAGGAAGUGUAAAUAGGGCAAUAGAAGGAGGAAAAGAGAACUAAGUGGUGGACAUUUUCUUGGGUUCAAUCAGCCCUUAGGCUGUUAGACAAGACAGAUUUCUAAGAAAGAACCUCAUCUCACACAUAUUUACUUUUACUUAUUUUCAUUGUUUUAUUUUAUAUAUAUGUAUAUUUAUUAGAGCAUAUGACAGUUCAGUACUUUUCAUUAAAAGGGUCGACUGCCUUUCUGUCCUUAGCUGGUUUUGUCUUUUCCUUUUCUCUCCAUUCUCUCCCUUCCUCCUCUCCCCCAACCCUCUUAGCAAAGACUGAAAUUCUCAUUUUGGAUUUCUGCUUCUAUUGAGGAAGUCACUUAACUUCUCUAUGUUAUUAUCUACUGUGAAUAUGAUAUUAUUUUGUACCUUAUGAUCCAUGAAUUUGUAAGACUUUGGUAUGAUGUGGUUCGAAAUGGAAUUGGAAAGGUGAGCUGCCAUUUUGUAUCAUAAGGAGUAUAGCACUUUAACCAGAGAGAAACUGGAUUUCUUAUCUUUGAAAUACCUUGAACUGUUUAUUACUCAGAAUGACUUAGUAAUCCCACAUGCUUCAUUUUGUCAUGCUAAAGGUGAAAUGUUCAGCUUUCCAUCAGAAGACAAAAACAGGGUGAUUUUCCCCUUCCUUGGUGAGAGUAAAAAAAUGCCUUACCUUGUUUAGAGGCAAAUUCCUAUUUUUGAAUAUUCAUGCCUCGCUUUUUUUUCCAUUAAAGUUAUGCAUCAAUCACUUGCUUGGCAGGUGAAUCUUGGUCUCUGCUUGUGAGUGAGAGCACUUUCCAGACUGAAGGUGACUAAUGGAGAGAGAAUGUCUGUGCUUAAUGUACCCCAGAUGCUUGGCUGUAGAUUGCAAAGCUAAAGAAAUGUAUAGUGAACCUAUACCUUAUACAAUCAGAGCUGGGAGACUGAAUGAUAACUUUGGUGAGAGAAAUUAUUAAAAUUGUUUUAAAAUAGAUUUUUGGAGAUAAAUGUCCAAUUUACUAGGAAGAGGUUUAUAAACUGGUAAAGAAUUAAGAUAUGAUGAGUGAAGCAAUAUUUAAAUGUUAAACCAGGGUUACAGUCUAACCUUUCAUGAGGUUACAAACAGCUUUUCCCAAUGACUUUUACUAUGAUAGUUUAUUUUUUUCAUGAAAAAAAAAGGAAAAUGUAGAGUUUAUGAACAGAUUUCUGGUAUUUGUAAGGUAUUUUGGAAGGUAUUAGAGAGACAUGUGGGCUAGUGCAAGUAAAUGGUUGGGAACUAGUGUAACUUGCCCACUAUCAAAAUUUGAUCAGCAUUUACUUUAUUUUACGUCUGUGUCUGCUCACUCCUCCCUUCCCACCCACCCCUUCAUUUCUCCUCCAUUAGUAAUAAAGAGAUCAGCUAUAAUCUUUUUUUUAAAGCCUUUCCACUAUGUUUAAAGAUGACAUCACCCAAGUGGAUUUUUUCCCCUUAUUCUUCCCAUUAUGAGAGAGCCUGAGGAUGAUGCAAAACAAUCAAGCCCAUCUUAAAAACCUCCUAAAAAAUUCAGAGUUCAGAGGCUUAGUGCAAGUCUGUGGCUUUCAUCUACAUCUGGGUUUGGCUCGCUAGGCUCUUGAAGAAAUUUCAUUGCAGCAUUGUUCUUAUUGGUUUAUAUUUUAAAAGGAGCUCCUGUAUCUUGCCUUGAUGAAGGAGAAAAGAAAUCUUUUGAUUUUAUCAAUUCCUAGUUAAAAGUUAGAAUGUGGUGGGGUUCACUCAGAGAUUGUAUAGAAGAUACAUUUUAGAAUGCACUUUGAUAGGGAGACAAUUAGCUUCUGGUCUUGCUCUGCUCGAGACAUUCCUCAUUUUGAGAUGCUAUUCAAUGCAACUGAAACGAAGGAGAGGUGAGGAACAACACCAGAGGAAGGUGUGUCUGAAAAUGAGGCUGGCACCAUUUGGGGCUUGCUAGACUGAGGCAGCUGAAGAUAAGAUGGGAAAAAUAAUAGAAACAUUCCCUAUACAUUUAAUUUUAUGGAGCUGCAUAAUGGUGAACCAAGUUCUAACUGAGGUUUAGGGCUUAUUUUAGAUACAUGGAUUCUUACAUUUUACCACGGAUGAAUUUUAUCUUCAAAUGUUACUUUUUGUUCAACUUUGUAUAUUCGUGUGAAAUUAAAUAUCAUGCAGUCAAUGUUUUACCCUUGUUUGCUAUUAUGUAACCAAGGUGUUCAUAGGCACCAUUCUAAAUAAUUUGCCCUUGUAAAUGAUGUGGGUCAGGGAAAAAUAGGUAUAUUUUUUUCUUGCUCAAUUUACGUCAGUAAAUUGUUUUCCAGUGUUAUAUUAAUUUAUUUCUGCCUCCUGUUUCUGCAUAACUGAAGUAUUUGCUGUAUCCAUGUAGUUUCCAUUUGUGUUGCUAAUACCUAUAGUUUUAAUUUGAAAUAAUCUGUACUUUUAUUUUUUAAAAUGUAACCAACCCAAGCACUUUAAGCAAUAAUUUCAAUCGUGUGAAAAUUCAAUCAGUUUAACCCCUUGCCUCUAAAAUGGAGUUCGCAAAAAAUAAUAAUAAUAAUAAAUAAAUAAAUAAAUAAAUGGAAAUUCUCUCUGUA